GCAGAGGCGAAGCAAAAUCAGCUCACUCAAUUAACAGCCGAGAAUGAGCGCCUUCGAACGGCAGUAGCAUCACGCACGGAAUUGGUAGAGGCUGAGCAUCAGCGAAGUGAGUCGGAGCUGGAGACGUUGUGCGACGAGCGUCGACGAAUCCAAGACGAGCUUGAAAGCGCUGAGAACGAGAAGAUCCGUCUAGAAGAGCAAUUGCUGGCGUGUGAGAUGAAAUGCGAUGAUCUGAAGAUUGAGCUGCAGCUGCAGAAGGCGAACAACUCAGAACUGACAGAGAUGCACAAUGAGGCUAACAGACGUUGCGAGGAUGCACAAGCAACACUUCAGACUGUCGAAGCCGAAAACAUGGCAUUGACUGAACGUUUGGCGAAAGCUAAAGAAGAACUGGAGGACGUGAAGGUUCAGCUGCGUGCGAGAAUCACACAGGAUGAGAAAGAUGGUCAGCGUUCAGCUGACGAAGCCAAACAGAAUGCAUCCCAGUGGGAACAACUGGAAAGGAUACUGAGUGAAGUGCGACGAGAACUUGAGGAGAAAGAAUUGCAGAACAACCUCCUGAAAGACAGCGAGGCUCGCCUUCUGGACUUCAGUCGAUGA